CAACACCCUGUCCUCGCCUCAAUGCAACUACACUGCAACCGCAAGGGAUUCUGGGAAAGUUGUUGGGGAACCAAACACGGCCCUGCUGUCUCUGGUCCUCAUGGCCGGGACUUACUUCAUCGCCUUCUACCUCCGCAAGUUCAAGAACAGCUCCUUCUUCCCCGGCAGGCUUCGUAGGAUCAUUGGAGACUUUGGGGUCCCCAUUGCGAUCCUCAUCAUGGUGCUGGUGGACUACAGCGUGGAGGACACCUACACCCAGAAACUGAAUGUGCCUAGUGGAUUCUCAGUGUCAAGUCCAGAGAAGAGGGGUUGGCUGAUUUCUCCUCUGGGGGCGGACGGGCAGUUUCCUGUUUGGAUGAUGGCGGCUAGCAUCCUGCCCGCCAUCCUGGUCUUCAUCCUCAUCUUCAUGGAGUCUCAGAUCACAGCGCUGAUUGUCAGUAAGAAGGAGAGGAUGCUGAUGAAGGGAACUGGUUUUCACGUAGACCUCCUCAUCAUCGUGGUGGUUGGUGGACUAUCAGCGCUGUUUGGUUUGCCGUGGUUAUCGGCCGCCACCGUUCGCUCUGUCACCCACACCAACGCCCUCACUGUCAUGAGCAAAGCCGUCGCCCCCGGAGACAAGCCCCGCAUCCAGGAGGUGAAGGAGCAGAGGGUGACGGGGUUCGUGGUGGCGGUUUUAGUGGGUCUGUCCAUUGUCAUCGGGGAAGUCCUGCGUCAGAUCCCUCUGGCAGUGCUGUUUGGGAUCUUCCUCUACAUGGGUGUGAUGUCCCUGAACGGGAUCCAGCUCACUGACAGACUCAUCCUGCUGCUGAUGCCCCCAAAGUACCACCCUGACCAAAACUACGUCCGCAAGGUGAGGACGUUGAGGAUGCACCUGUUCACCAUCGUGGAGCUGAUCUGUCUGUCUGUCCUGUGGAUCGUCAUGGCGACAUCAGCAGCACUGGCGUUCCCCUUCAUGCUGCUGCUGACCAUCCCUGUCAGGAUGCUGCUGCUGCCCCGCAUCUUCAGCUGGAGAGAGAUGCAGAGUCUGGAUGCUGAUGAUGCAGAGCCUCACCUGGAGGAGAAGGAGGGGCAGGACGAGUACUCACAGCUGCAGAUGCCCGUGUGACCCGCCUGCAGCCUUCUGAUUGGCCGAUGAGCUCUUUCAGUAGCGUGCCUGACGUGUUCCCUGCAGCGUCUGAAUCCUGGUUUUAUGAUCUGGUUUUGUAAUCCUGAUUCGGGGAGCGGGUCUGUUUCUGUGUGACUCUGAUGAACUCUGUCCUGAUUGUUUCUGUGGAUCUGUAAACACGUAGAGAUCAAACUAAAGUCUGACCUGCGUCCGCUCUUCUUCUCUGGUUCAAUAAAGGAACAGUUCAUGAAAAA